AUGUUUUGCUUCUUCGUCGGAAUUAUAUUGUUCGGAGCGCCAGUAUUAGAUAGCCACGAGGAGACAUUGAUGUUAUCUACACUACUUACCUUGUUGACUGUAUUUCCUCUGAUAGUUCACACUGGUGUUGAGACAGCUAUGCAGCUUCUGUUUGGUGUAAAAACUUAUGGGAGAGACACUAUCAUUGAAAUGCUUGUCAACAAUGCAAUUUUGACAAUUUGUGGAGCGUGGUUAGGAGCUGUGGUUAUACCACUGGACUGGAACACUCCCUGGCAGGUGUGGCCGAUACCUUGUUACCUCGGUGCUCUUGGAGGGUUCCUUUUAUCAAAUGUAUUGACAGUAUUCAAGAUGACUCUUAUGAGCGCAGCCCAGAAGUACCCUGUGUUAAAUGCACUAGUUUAUAUAUUAAAUAGAUGUCAAACUUGUAAUUAA